CUUUGUUAACCAGCCCGGCAAUAAAAACUUAGAAAGCGAAUAAUAGAUGAGAAGAGGAUCACGAUGGAAACAGAUGCAUGGAAAGAACCGGAAGUGACGAAUUACGAUGGAGAAGCCGCUCCUCUCACUGUUGUACCAGAAGUGACAUCUUUUGACAAUCUGAUGUAUGACGGAAAAGAUGACGUCAUCUCAAUGGGUGUCAGUCGUGACGACGUUGUUAUCGUCCUGAGCGGACUUUACGGAAUCCUCCUAGUGGUAAUUGGCCUCGUCCUGCCGAUCGCCGAGGCUUUUAUCCAUACGGACACCGGACAGAAUUACCUGUUUGAGUUUUUCUACCUCUACGUUUACACUGCUAGCCUUGCCUUCCUUCUGUUUAUCUACGUGUUCCUGCUGAGGUCGGAACCUCUCCCGGUACCCUUCUGGUUUCAUUCUAUGCGUACAUGGGUUCGUUCGAGAAUAUGGGAUGCCGAACUGGACACAAACGAUACUGUUGUUAAAAAACCCAUAAAGAAGAUAAGUUUUGAAGGCGCAACGCAUGAAACCGGAAGUUUCUUUCUCCGUCUGGGAGCUGUUGGUUUUGGCAUCGGAAGUAUGAUAUUGGAUGCACUGUAUUUUGGCCAGUAUUUUGAGAUCGGAGACCACCACAGAUUCUGCUUGGACGCCACUCAGAUACUGAAACCAUCCAUCAAGUUCUGUUUCUCUUUCUCACAGCUCUUCUUCCUCUUCCGGAACUCAAAGGUGAGCAUCCUCCAGCAUUCCUCCGUCGCCCGGUUUGGGUUCAUGCACAUGAGCGCUACAAACGUUUGUGUGUGGUUCAGAGUCAUAGUCGUGGAAACGCUUCAUUCUAUACACAGCCAUCAAAAAUCCCACCACUACACCCGGCUAAAUUCAACGCGAGAAGAGCGCAACGAAAGUCAGAUUUGGACAAAUUCGGAAAUGAAGCUGUCGUAUUUUCCGGCCCUUCCGGAACUUUCGUGUCAGUGGAGUAACUUGAUUGGUCAAGUUCUGCGGUCAGCCAGUCCCUACUUGUACCCUUUCACUAUCGAGUACAGCGUCAUCUGCGCCGGAAUAUUUUUUGUAAUGUGGCAAAAUGUCGGCAUUGGCUCUAAAAGGUCCACAGACCACAGUGAUGUGUCUCACAAACAUCUGAUGAGCGUUGACUGCGCAAGCUCCAGUCGUGGACUGUUUCUGGGAAUUUUAACGUUCAUUGCAUCGGUUGUUUCAAUUAUCCUCUUCAGUGUCGUUACGGAGACGGGCUAUGAGAGUCACAUGAUCGUUUUGAUUGUUUAUCUGAUUGAAAACAUCUCCUACAUAUUUAUGAUAAUUGCAACCAUCAUUGCCGUUUGGCGCAUGCGUCACUUGAGAUUUUCAAGAACUUUGACAGACGAGUUGGAGGUAGUUUUGGCAUUGUUAUCUUUUAGUGGACUUUUCAUGUUUUCUGUCUUUAGUAUCUUCGCUGGCAUUCAUGUCAUUGACACACUCGAUGGUGUGUUGACGAUCAUUACAAACAUCUUUGCAACUGUACAAGCGACACUUCAGACAAUGUUACUUAUAAUGGGAAUGGGGAUGUCCGCCGGAAGUCAAAUAAAUGCGGCAAAAAAGGCGGGAAGAGAGUUCGUCACUUUCCUGCUUCUCUGUAACAUAACGAUGUGGGGAAAUACGACAUUUCAGAUCAAGAACGUCGCCCACAACCCCGUGCAACUGCAAUUUUACGGACCGGAAGCUUGGGGUAUAUUUACCCAUAUAUCCGUACCGCUUUCCAUCUUCUUCCGGUUUCAUUCCACCGUCUGUCUUUCUCAUAUUUGGAAACAUGCCUGGAAGGUUAAGCAGCUAUAAUCAAAUGUCUUUGUGUCUAUUAUUUCCUGGUAAAACGUCAGGAGAAAGCUUCAUAAGAUAUGAUUUUGAUUAUGACACUAAAAUAAUCCACUGUUUUACCACCGUAUAACUUUAACAUAUAUGCACUUUACUCGUCUACCAUACAAGAUGUAUAUCUUAAUUGUAUGUCAUGUUAUAAAUAUGUAAAUACUGUUUCAAUUG